CUGAGUAUUGAUUUCGAAUGCCUGUCAUAUCAGGCGGAAAAUCUUUAAAUUCGCGCCUUUCGGCGAUCCGAGCAGCAUUCCAGUUUGCAGUUUACAAGUCAAUACAACUAUCGCGGAAUCUUCGUGCUUAGUUGAUGUCGCAGGAUCACUGCCCCUCCACUCGCCAGUCUAGCCAGAUGCCGUCGGUAGGCCACGUUGAAGACACAGUAGGUCAGUACUCCUAUACGGAAGUCAGUUCUUUUCAAGUAAGCGAGGGAAACACACGAAAUAUGUCGCCCGAACCGGUCAAGACUGGUCGCAUUUUUAUGGCUGCUGUGGCAGCCAACUUGUCCGCAUUUGUGGUGGGCACCUGCCUGGGCUGGACCUCACCCGUUGCUCCCAAACUCAAGGCCGAAGACACGUCCGACUCGCCGCUGGACCGACCCAUUACAUCCGAUGAGGAUGCCUGGAUCUCCUCGCUGAUUGCCAUUGGAGCGCUGAUGGCUCCGUUUGUGGCUGGACCCCUGGCCGAUCGCAUUGGCCGCAAGUGGGUGCUGCUCUCCAGCAGUCUCUUCUUCGUGCUGGCAUUCGGCAUCAACAUGGGCGCCUCCGAGGUGUGGAUCCUGUACCUGUCCCGACUGAUUCAGGGCUUCGGCGUGGGCUUUGUGAUGACGGUGCAGCCCAUGUACGUGGGUGAGAUUUCCACGGACAAUGUGCGCGGAGCCACUGGCUCGCUGAUGCAGCUGUUUAUUGUGGCUGGCAUUCUGUAUGUGUAUGCAAUUGGUCCCUUCGUCUCGUAUAUGGCUCUGCAGUGGUGCUGCAUUGUGGUGCCGAUCAUCUUCGAUGUGGUCUUCUACUUUAUGCCCGAGAGUCCCCACUACUUUGCGGGCAAGGGACGCAAGACGGAUGCACUGCGUUCGCUGCAGUUCCUGCGCGGCCAGAGCGCCGAGGGUGUGCACGAUGAGAUGGCCGAGAUACAGUCCAGUGUGGAGGAGGCCAUGGCCAGCAAGGGCACCAUUAUGGAUCUGUUCAAGAAUCCCGGCAAUCGCAAGGCUCUGUUCAUCUGCGCCGGCUUGAUCUCCUUCCAGCAGUUGUCCGGCAUCAAUGUGGUGCUCUUCAACAGCCAGUCGAUCUUUGCCAGCGCCAACACGGGCCUGGAUCCCGCCAUUGCCACCAUUAUCAUAGGCUGCGUCCAGGUGGCCUCCUCCGGCCUGACGCCCAUCGUGGCCGACCGACUGGGCAGGAAGGUGAUGCUGCUGACCUCCGCCAGUGUGAUGACUGUGGGCCUGACGGCACUCGGCGCCUUCUUCUACAUGCAGCUGGUGGUGGGCGACAUCUCCAGUGUGGUGUGGAUGCCAGUGCCGGCGCUCGUCAUCUACAACAUUGUCUACUGCACGGGCUUCGGGCCGCUGCCCUGGGCUGUGCUCGGCGAGAUGUUCCCGGCGAACAUCAAGUCGUCCGCCUCUUCCAUUGUGGCCAGCACCUGCUGGACGCUUGGCUUUCUGGUCACCUACUUCUAUCCCGCUCUGGAUGCUCUCGGUUCCUACUACGCCUUCUGGCUGUUUGCCGGCUUCAUGGUGGUGGCAUUCUUCUUUGUCCUCUUUGUGGUCAUGGAGACGAAGGGCCUCAGCCUGCAGGAGAUCCAGGAUCGACUCAACAGCAAGAGCAACUAAGAGCAGCGCCUCUCUGUUAUGUUUUAAUCUGUGUGUGUGUCCAUGUGUCGUCUAAGUCCUUGAAGAUCCUAUAUGUAUGUACUAUAUCUAUAUCUUAGGUCUAAAAUCAAGUAUUUUAUUGCAUAGUUUUUUAAGCUUUAACUCGAUUUUGUUAAACCUUUUUGCCUGGCUACUGUUUAAAUAAA